ACGAACAGUGCGACGUUCGACGGAUGGGAACAGGCCAUCGAGUAUGCACCGAGCCUGGGGGCGAGUCUGGCUGACAUGGUGCUGAAGAUCGAGUUGAUGACAAAGGCCAGGAUGAUCGGGGUGCCUCGACAAUGUGGUAUGGUUUCACUCUCGCUGGCCAACGCUCUGUCUCUCCCGCAUCACCACGAGCUGGUGCUCGACUCGGGAGCUGUGGUCACCGUCGCCAUGGAGAUCUCGCUCGCUCCGCGGGUGUCCAUUCGGCUUAACAACCUCAACUUUAUCCGCAACACUGACGAGCCGGUGCCCAUCAAGUGUGUGGCUGUCAUGUCGUGGUUCGGCGGCGUGCUCGCAGGCACAGAACACGGCUCGGCGAGUCUGACCUCGUCGGCCACCGCGGCGGCCGAGCAUCCGUCGUGGAACUUUCCUGUCCGCCUCGAUGCGGUGUUAACUCGCGCCGAUCUUGUCCAUCGCGGCCUCACCAUUACCAUCCGCCGCAAAGGUAGGCUCUCGUCGACCGUCGAGGGCGUAGCUUUCAUCCCGUUCUCGCUGGCCUACGCUGACACAGGUUACGCGCGGACGGACGACUCGUUGGCGUCCCCGCCGGCGUCGGCCGACAUCAAAGUGGAAGUUCGCAUGAGCUCGAGCGGGCAGUCGCAGGUCGUUGGCACGCUGGUUGGUCAGCUCGUCCUCGACCCGUUACCUGGCCUCUUCUCAACUGCCCGCGGGCCCGAGCCGUCGCACGUGCCUGGCGUCCAGAUGGAUGUUCCCCUUCAAGCACCCGGAUACGUGCCACUGUCCUCGAUGCCGCUGCUGCAGUUUGAAGAUUCGGAGCAGCCCGGUGCAGCACCGCCGGCAUCUGCACCGCCGGCAUCUGCACCGCCGGCAUCUGCACCACCGGCAUCUGCACCACCGGCAUCUGCACCGCCACCGGGAGGCCCUCCGCUAGGCCCGCCGCCGAACUACCUGCCGCCGUAUGACUUACUGCCGGAGCCAGGAGCGUCGACUGUGCCAGCGGCUGCUGAUGCACGGCCAGCGCCGCAGCCGACGUUUGUCGUCGGUGGACCCGCGGGUGUACCCACUGCUGCGGCGCCUGCCGACUCGACGUAUGCGCUCGCGCAGGGCUUGUACAACGCGGCCGAGAUUGAUUUGGCUGCAGAGAGAUACGCCGACGCCAUGGGUGCUCUUGAGACGGUGAUGGAGCUGGCGGUGACCGACAGCACGAUUCCGCGCGAGUUUGUCCAUCGGGCGCGGAUCCUUGCAGCGCGGGUUUACUUGGCGCGCAGCUCUUACUCACUCGCGCACCGCGAACUUGAUGCAGUGCUCAGCGAACGUGAAGAGUACGUCGACGCGCUCGUGAUUCGUGGGCAGGUGGCCGAGGCGCAGAAGCGAUUCGAUGACGCCAUGGUCGACUACGUGGCUGCUGUCUCGAUCGAGCCGCACAACACCGACGCUGUUGUCGGAUUGGAGCGCGUCAUGGCUCAAGCUAGGCACGGAGGCACCACAAGUAUGCCCAGCCCACCAACGCUCGGAUCGGCUGAGUCGCUCGACAAGCUGCCGCCGUUUUGGGAGGAGAUGCGCGCCGACGACGGGCGACAGUACUACGUAGACCACACCACCGGCGAGAAGCACUGGCGACUUCCGCCCGAGUACGAGCAGAGGGCCGCCUGCACGCAGGCCCCGCUUCCGCCUUUCUGGGAGGAGAAGCGCGACCCAAUGGCCAGCCCCGAGGCCCUUCGUGCCCAGCUUGCCGAGCACGAGGCGCAACGUGCGGAACUAGCUGCCGCUGUGGCAGCCGAUCCCACUGACGAUGAGAUGCAGGCCCUCGUCUCCGAGAUGGAUGAGCUCAUGUACGACAAGUUUGAUCCGCUGCUGGCCACCGUGGCAAGGCGAUUUGGGCCUGGAGAGACCGUGUCGGCCCUUUACCCGACAGACGGCAAGUGGUACACGGCGGUGGUGGAGGACUUUGCAGAUGGACUGUAUCUUGUCCACUAUCCGGGCUACGGAUCCGAAAAGGUCAGGCUUCCGCCCGAGUCGCUCCGGACGGUGGGGGAGAGCCAGGCUGCGGCCAUGGCCGAGGCUGCGGGGACCAAGUCUUCGCGCAAGCGCAAGAAGCGGAGCGAGAGCACCGCCGCCACCGCCUCGCCGUUUGUUGUCCCGCCCGAGCUCGAGCCUCUGCCGACCGAUCCACCGGCUGUCCGCGAGCGCAAGGCAGCGCGCGUCCGCAGCCUCCGACGAAAGCACGAAAAAAAGCUGCCGAGGCUCGCUCGCAAUUCUCGGCUGGGAGCGGUGCUGGCGCAUCGCGGCUGA